GUAAAAACAUGAAAUUUUUCUUCAAACAUUGAGUGAGAAUCGGCUUGCUUAUAGUGCUUGAAAUAAUCGGAAAAAUCAUCCAACUACUUCAAAAGUUUGAGAUCUUGAUUGCAGCAGCAUGACCAGGAAUUCGUCCCGAAUGGGAGUCAAACUAAUUCGUAUCACAAGUCUUUAUGACAUCACCGUUAAUCAAGUUUACGCAUACGUUCGGAGCUUACAUCGACACAUCCGAAAGCAGAACUCAAAAAUCCGGAAAUUGCGACAAAAGAUGGGCGAAUUGAAAAAAGUCCAAAAUCUAAAGGCUGAAGUUCUACGCGUAGAGGAGGAUGAAGAUGAUGUAUUGCGCGCGUUGGAGAAAGCGGAAAAGCAACAGGAACAAUCUUCUAUUGCUGUUGAACCGCUGGAUGUGAAGGCCUUUGUAGAUGACAUCAAGAAGACGGCUGAAGAUUUUGAUUACCAGAACAGAUACGUCUAUGAGCCUACUUCCGGAAUGUAUUAUGAUCCAGCUACUGGUUACUACUACAAUGCAAUAUACGGAUUGCACUACGAUGGUCAACGUGGGUGCUACCUGAAGUACAAUGAGGAGAAGCAGGAGUACGAGUUCUACUCGCAAGUGAUGCCGGAGCAAGCACUUGGCGAUAAGAAACCCGACUCCUGUCAAAAGAAACGGAAGGAAGCGUCUGCUUCGGUUACAAUUGACGAGGAGAGCAAAGCAGUUGACCGCCCCCGUCGACGAAGGUCGGAUUCCAUCGAGGAGAAGCCGAGAUUGCGCGAACGUUCAGCACCUCGACCCUAUUGGCGAAGUCGUAGUCGCAGCCGUAGUCAUAGUCGCACUCGGCGCUACCGGAAAAGUCGAACCCGUAGUCGCAGUCGUGAGCGGGAGCGUGAUCGUGACCGUGACCGUAGAAGGGAUACUCGAAGACAGAGGCAUCGAUCGAAAUCCCACGAAUCGAGUGGGUCUCCGUCGUCAUCGGACGAGGACAUCGCUUCGUUUUUCCGCUUUGUACGAAAAGAUAAGGCUGGGCGGAAGCGAAAGGGAAAGAAUGCAAAGCGUAGUGGACAAAGUGUUGAAAGCGACGAUAACAGAGAGGAAGGCGAGUUGGACAGCAGCAGCGGAAGUAGCGAUAGCGAGCGAAGGAGAAAAUCAGUUGUGCUAGUACGUUCCAGCAGUUCCGAAGGGGACGUUCCGGUGAAAGAGUUUGCAGGAAAUUAUUCAGAUGUCGUUAGAAAGUAUCCUCCUUCGUUGAGAUUGAUCGUUCAGAAGACCAACAUCGAAGAAUUAAAGCAAGGGUCUUUGUUUAUCGUCACCUGUAUGGGAGGUACACUUGGGCGAGAAGGAAAUCAUGACGUUAUCAUUCCCGAUCUUAAUGUGUCCAAAUACCACCUAAAUUUUACCUACAACGCCGAUAGGGGCGUCUACCAGGUGGUUGAUCUGGGUUCCCGCAAUGGUACAAUUUUAAACGGAGUUCGCAUGACGGGAUCGAUGCAGGAAAGCGACCCAUUUGAUAUCGACCAUGGUGACACGAUCCAGUUAAAUCAAACCCGCCUUCUGUGUCACGUUCACGACGGCAAUGUGACGUGUGAUAAUUGCGAACCGGGAUUACUGGUAAAGGGUUCUGCCGGUGGUGUUUUCGACGGUGACCGGAUAACCAAACCAGUCAGCCACAAAGAAGGACUGAAAUUGUUGCAAAAGCGAUACGGACUGGAGGAUGAAAAAUAUGUGGAACCAGCAGAACCGAUUGGUCCGGAUUAUAAGGAUCGGGCGGCCCACCGUCGAAAAACAAAGGGAAGUAGUAAUGAGCAUGCUAAAACACAAGCAGCAUCAGUGGAUCAACAUAUCGGCAGUGAGAAUAAAGGCUUCAAGAUGUUAUCCAAACUGGGUUGGAGUGCAGGAAAAACAUUGGGUAAAAAUGACGAAGGCCUCGUGGAGCCGAUUCCGCUUCUUACGAACGUUGGCACUAGUGGUCUAGGUAGUCAGGAACUUGCUCAGCCAACUUCCGACCGUUCGGUUGACGAAAGGAAGCGAAUGAUUUGGAAGCUAGCUCAGGAACGAUUUAAAAAAUGUGCUGAUGUAGUGGAAAAGAGCACCAGCGAUAGCAAGUCUUCCCCUGCAGCAUCACUGCAUCAGCAUAUCAGUAGUGAAAAUAAGGGAUUCCAGAUGCUGUCGAAAUUGGGUUGGAAUAAAGGUGACACCCUGGGCAAUAAUGAAGACGGAUUAAAGGAACCCAUUAAACUACUGUCGAACGUAGGAACCAGCGGACUGGGAAACAAGCCCUUGAAACAACUGGGGUCUACCACAAAAGUUAGCGGAAAUAAGAGCAUCAUGUGGAAGAAAAAGCAAAAGCAGGUUCAAAGUAGCAAAAUGUUUUACGUGUCGGAUUCGGACUGAGCUGAAAGAAGUCUUAGAUAAGAUCGGAUAACAAUAAAUAAUUAUUAAAUUAAUUGAACUACAAAA